AUGUCUGAUCAAAAGUCCAAAGCUGGGAGAUUGUCCCUGUUGGGUCUCAUUAAAGAGGUUUUCAACUGGUAUCCAUCUUCCUAUCCCUCCGAAGAGAGAAAACUGUUGUUCAAGCUGGACUUGUCCAUUUUGGUCUUUGCGUGUCUAUGCUUCUUCGUCAAAUACCUCGAUCAGACAAACAUCAGCAAUGCGUACGUUAGUGGACUAAAAGAAGACUUUGGUCUGUACGGCAACGAGCUCAACUACUUCAACGUCUGCUACUACACAUCAUACGUAGUGUUCCAAAUUCCAGGGCUGCUGUUGAUGUCACGACCGAAACUAGCUCGCUGGCUCCUCCCGACCCUGGAAAUCCUCUGGGGCAUCUGCACGUUUGCCCAAUCCCGAGUGACGAAUGUCACCCAACUCUACGCUCUCCGCGUGUUAGUCGGUGCUCUGGAAGCCCCCGUCUUCGCCGGAACCCAUUUUAUUCUCGGAUCUUGGUAUACAGGACCCGAGCUGUUCAAGCGAGCCGGUACAUGGUUCAUCUGCAAUCCCCUCGGCACGAUGGUCAGUGGGUAUCUUCAAGCAUCUGCAUACACCAAUUUGUCCGGUGUUGGAGGCAUGCCUGGAUGGAGAUGGCUGUUUAUCAUUGAUGGAAUAUUCACUAUUCCAGUUGCACUGAUCGGGUUCCUGAUCUUCCCUGGUAUCCCUGGUUCACCAAAGCCAUUCUAUUUAUCUGAAGCGGAUAUCGCGUUGGCAAAGGAGAGAACGAAGAGAGCGAAGAUUCGUCAGCCUGGAAAGAUGACUCUGGAUGUGUUCAAGAGGACCUUCAAGAGAUGGCAUAUCUGGGUAUUCAUUUCUUGUUACGCAUGCAUGAUCAUCUGCUCUUACCCAAGCAGCUAUAUGAGCCUGUGGCUGAAAGCAGAGGGAUACUCUGUGACUCAAAUAAACCAACUGCCGACAGUGACUUACGCGAUUAACAUUGUGGCAUCAUGGUUAGGUACCACUUUGGCAGCUAUCUACCCCGAAUGGAUUAUCUAUACCAUCGCAUCUGCUUUGUGUCUGUUUUCAACUCUAUGCAUGAUUGUUUGGAACAUCCCUACCACGCUGAAGUUUGUCGCCUGGUACUUUUUAGGUGCAGCUGGAUGCUUGAGUCCGAUUCUGUACUCUACCAUCAACAUCAUCUGCCGAGACGAUGCCGAAGAGCGCGCCCUCAUUAUGGGAGCAAUGAUGUCUUUUGGUUAUUCCUUCAAUAUUUGGGUCCCUUUGCUAGCAUAUCCGACAGCCGGACCAGACGGUGCACCGAGAUGGCGAAAGGGCUGGCCCGUUUCGUUUGUCUUUUUCCUCCUGCUAUGGGCGGGUUUCAUGGCUUCAAUAGUCAUAUGGCGAAGGGAACAGAGGAAAGAUGUCGAGUUGUCAUCUCAGGAGGGCAGUGACGAGGAAAGAGACACUGUCGUAGUCGAGAGCGAGCCAGCGAAGAACUAA